AAUGUCAGUGUGUCAGAUUUUUUUGUCUCAUUCUCUUGGUGACAGGCGAGGUGUUGUGGUGCAGAUAAAAUUUUAAUUUUCUUAGUUUAAUCCUGCACGGAAGGUGUGAAAAACAUUAAGGUACGGUGCUGCAGACUGCAGGGCAUCUUGUGCGCUUGAAGAAAUUCGCGAGAACGUGUGGGACGACGAGAUAAUUUGAGUGGAAAAAUUGCAGGUCUCAAGAUGGCCGAAGACUUGGACGUAGAAGCCAUGUUGGAAGCACCCUAUCGCAAAGACGAUGACGUGUUUAAUUCAUCGCCAAGUAGAGUACAGAAUGGAAGGGACAAGGAGAACAAACGCGGAAGGACCCGUUCGAGGAGUCAUGAUCGUUCUGGAGAUAAGGAUAGAUCGCUGAAGAAAUCCCGCGAUGCGAAUCGUUCGCGCGAGAAACGCCGCAGGAGUCGCUCCAAGGAGAGGCGUAGGAGUCGCUCCAAAGACAAAGAGAGCCGCCGGCGGAGGAGUCGCUCGGGGGGGAAUCGACGUCGUUCACGCUCCAAGAAUGGACGCAGAGGUGGGAGUAAGCCACGUGACAAACCCCGUGGCAGUGCACGGGAGAGACGCCGUAGUCGAUCACCCAUUAGAAGACGAAGAUCUCCAUCACCGAGACAUUUUCGCCGCGGAAGAACACCCCCAAAUGGCCUGGGGCACCAUUCACCGCCUGAAGAUCUGAGUCCGGAGGAACGGGACGCAAGGACGGUGUUUUGCAUGCAGCUGUCACAACGAAUUCGGGCACGAGACCUCGAGGAAUUCUUCUCGAGUGUGGGCAAAGUGCGUGACGUGCGACUGAUUACGUGCAACAAGACAAAGCGCUUCAAGGGGAUUGCCUACAUUGAAUUUAAGGAUCCCGAAUCAGUUCCAUUGGCUCUGGGACUUUCGGGACAGAAAUUGCUGGGAAUUCCAAUAAGUGUGCAACACACGCAGGCAGAGAAGAAUCGCCUGGCGAAUGCUCCUCCUGCGAUAUUGCCGAAGAAUCCCGUGGGUCCCAUGCGAUUGUACGUGGGUUCGUUGCAUUUUAACAUAACGGAAGAUAUGCUUCGUGGCAUUUUUGAGCCUUUCGGCAAGAUUGACUCGAUCCAGUUGAUCAUGGACAAUGACACAGGACGCUCCAAGGGCUAUGGGUUCAUAACGUUCCACAAUGCGGAGGAUGCAAAGAAGGCGCUUGAGCAGUUGAAUGGAUUCGAAUUGGCGGGGCGGCCGAUGAAGGUGGGCAAUGUGACGGAGCGAUUGGAUAUGAAUACAAACACAUCCCUGGAUACGGAUGAGAUGGAUCGCAGUGGGAUUGAUUUGGGCGCCACGGGGCGUCUGCAGUUGAUGUUCAAAUUAGCCGAAGGAGCUGGGUUGGCGGUACCACAGGCGGCGGCGAAUGCCCUCCUCGCCACGGCGCCGCAGCAGCCACCGAGUCAACCACCCACAGCAACACCUCCCAUUGCCACGCAAUGCUUCAUGCUGUCGAAUAUGUUUGAUCCGUCGUCGGAGACAAAUCCCGCGUGGGAGCAGGAGAUUCAGGAUGAUGUCAUUGAGGAGGCAAACAAGCACGGGGGAUGCUACCACGUGUUUGUGGAUAAACUCUCACCGCAAGGGAAUGUCUACGUCAAAUGUCCGAGCAUUGCAACGGCCGUACUUGCAGUCAAUUCACUCCAUGGACGUUGGUUUGCCGGACGAGCCAUAACAGCCGCCUACGUUCCACUUCUCAACUAUCACACACUAUUUCCGGACUCCGUGGCAGCUUCCACGCUUCUCAUACCCACGCGGAAGCCAUAAAAGAAAGCACCAAUUCCAGGAAAAUGAAAAAACUUAAACACAAAAUGUUAAACAGGCGCAAUUUUCACAACAAAAAAAAACUUUCAAAAUGACUUUUUAUAAAAGUUUGAGAAAUUAUUUCGUGUUAUAUUAAAUAUUUUAUGAGUUGUCCGGAAGUACUAUUAUAAUAUAUUUGAUGUGUAAAACUCAA